AUGGUUAAAAAUGACGUGGUGUGGAAUCUUGGACCAAUCAACAAGUAUGCCUCUAGUUCAAGUAUGCCUCUUGACUGUUGGCUAAAGAGUAUGCCUGAGCAUUGUGGUAAACUCCCUUCCAGCAAACGUGACAAUGGACUGGAAGUCAUGAAGCCCAAUGUUCUGCCUGAGAUGUGGACUACCUGUACUAAGCCGUGUUCGGGGCUGUUCACUGAUACGUUGUAUGGUCUCUCUCUUCUGCCUCCAGGUUGCCGAGAGACUGCCUUCAUUUUUGCUAUUACUAGUGCCGGGGUCACCCACUCGGUGGCCCGUUCUUGCUCGGAAGGCUCCAUCGAAUCUUGCACUUGUGACUACCGACGGAGGGGUCCAGGAGGUCCCGACUGGCAUUGGGGUGGCUGCAGUGACAAUGUGGACUUUGGACGGGUCUUUGGGCGAGAGUUCGUGGACUCCAAUGAGAAGGGGAGAGACCUGCGCUUCUUGAUGAAUUUACACAACAACGAGGCAGGACGUCUGACUGUUUUCACAGAAAUGCGCCAGGAAUGCAAGUGCCAUGGGAUGUCAGGCUCUUGCACCGUGAAGACUUGCUGGAUGCGUCUGCCCACUUUUCGGACCGUGGGGGACUUCCUCAAGGAUCGCUUUGAUGGCGCUUCCCGGGUCAUCUACGGCAACAAAGGCAGCAACCGAGCUUCCCGCAUGGAGCUGCACCAUCUGGAGCCGGAGAACCCAGCUCACAAGCCUCCUUCCCCUCACGACCUGGUCUAUUUUGAGAAGUCUCCCAACUUCUGCACUUACAACGGCAAGACAGGCACCGCAGGCACGGCCGGACGCUUCUGCAACAGCACCUCCCCAGCUCUGGACGGCUGUGAGUUGCUGUGCUGCGGGAGGGGCUACCGCACCCGGACACAGCGCGUCACCGAGCGAUGCAACUGCACCUUCCACUGGUGCUGUCACGUCAGCUGCUUGAACUGCACCAACAUGCAAGUGCUGCACGAGUGCUUGUGA